AUGUGGCCUUACGGGGGCAAAAAAACGUUCGUUUCAAACAAUGGCAACCAGAUCAAACUAACGGGUAAUAGUUAUUAUCCAAAUGGGAAACAAACUGGAGCUCCAAACAAAGAAUAUUUUAACCAAGUCACCAUGUCGGUUUCCGUCGGAUUAAAUGGAUUUCCAGCUAACAAGAUCGCCGCCGACGGACGGAUCAUGAGACAGUAUGGAGUUAACAGACAAGAUGUCACAGAUGACUUCAUUACCAGAAAUCGUGGCGGAUUUAAACAAAGAAUCUUUGCAGAAAGCGGUAAACAACUUCAUAAUCGGAACGUAAGUCAACUAAAAGUCGUGUUAAAUAUGCCGUCGCACCAACGUCGCGAUUCGUUGUCACAAAUCACGUCAGCCAUCGUCAAAAAUGAAGUUGUGCCACCUCUUGCCCAGUUACAAAACGACGAAAUUUUGAGCGACCAUAUGAGAAAAUCGGCAAUGAAUUUACAAAAUAUGGCAACAAAAUUACCGCCUUUAAGGAGGAACUCUAUACAGAAAGCAAAACAUCUUGAACAUGCUUUUUCACAAGGGAAUGAAGGGAAACAACCGGUGAAAUUGGAUGAAAAUUCUGAUGAGGAGGAUGAAGAUGGGUUGCCUUAUAUCGACAUGAGACUUACCAGACGUAAAAGUAGUGAGCAUUUUGAUGUUGGAAAUACACAAAGGACAUCAGCACCUUCAAACUGGAAAGCAAGUCUUAUGAGGAGAAGGAAAAGUUUCAAUAUGAGAUUCAACACAAGAACUGCGGGUGGUGUAAAUGAAAAUGAAUCUAUUUCUACGGGUUCUGAUAGCGGGAAUUCGAAAAUUGACAGAGACAGAAAAGAUUCGGUAGGCAGAAUAACAGAAUCAAUUAGGGAUCAAUUUCGGGCAGUGGUUCAAGAGCAAUUACAGUCUCAAGAUCGCCAGUCAAUGAAUUCAGUUUAUAUGAAUACUAAUCUUUCAGUGUCAGGGCGUGUUGGGAAUGAAAGUCUUGCAAAACAAAUUCCAGCGGAAAGGGCAAAGAGCGUGACGAGCGGAUAUAAGUUGCGACACGAGUAUGGUAAAAAUCUUGAAAGAAACUGGUUUAAAAAUCAAUAUAUGAAGAAGUAUGCAAAGGACAAAAGGGUAGACCAGAGCCCUAGCGAGAACGGUUACAACUUGCGCUUGGAUAUUUUCUAUAGCCCAGAGCCCCAGUCUGAUGAAUUAGAUGAUUCUGCUGAUGAAGAUGCAAACAUAUUUAUUGAAGAAGAUGAUGCAAGUAUGCAAUGUGGUGGUUUUUCAACGGCAACGGCGGAAAAGAGAUCCCGAAGACAACGUUUAAGUUUGCAGUCAAAUCGAAGAUCUUCAUCGUUAGAUCCGCCAAAAGAAAUAGACGAAGAUACUGAUGCAGAGUCUUCAGAUUCUGAUAUUGAAAUUAUCCUGAAAGAUAAUCAAUUAAUUCAACGAAAAACGAAGCACAAAAUGCAGAAGAAACGUAGGAGGAAAAUCCUCCGCGAGAUAAGACGAAAGAAGAAGAAUAUCAUUAGAAAACGGCAGCAAAAAAUUGCACAGAUGGUUGCGAAAAGAUUGUCUAAGAAAGUACAGGAUAAUUCCGAUGAGUCUGAUCGAGAGCCGACACCAAAACCAACGUUAAAGGAACAAUUUUUACAGGAAGGUGGACUUAAACUUAUCUUUGAUAUAGAGAAACUGAACAUUUCAAAGGAGAAAAUCGUAGAGCAGAGUUCCUCGGAAAGUGAUUCAGAUAAUGAAGAGCAAGAACCAAAGGAGGAAAAGAAACAACCGAUGUUAACUGUUUUAAAACCAUUUGAAAAAAAAGAGUCGAAAUUCGCCGAAGAAAUAAAGAAAAUUUCACUGAAAGAUCUCGAAAAUCUAAACAAUUUUCUAAGAAAGAAGAAGAAAAGAACUCGAAAACGGCGACAUAGCGUCCCAAAACUUUGCAGGCCGUUUGAAUUUCUGUUGGAAAUCCCUGUCAAACAACGCCAACGUCAAAGCAGAUCUAGAGCAAGUGUCACGAAACAGAAAGAGGUUCGAAGAACAUAUUCCCCACCUGCACCAAAAUGCUCCUGUCACCGGUCAAAACAUUCAGAUAUGGUUCAGAAAUCUAUACCACAGACGAAAAAAUGUCCACAUCAACCGGAAGUGAAAAAGCAGAAAACAAAGGUCAUCAAGGUUCAGACGGCAGGUCUGAUGAGAACAUCUAGCCUCGAAAAUCUAUCAAAGAAACGUCCCAUAGAGUUAAAAGAUCUUUGCUGUAUCGAUACCGCAAAGGAAAUUAAAAUUAAGUUUUGCAAAAAAAAAUUUAGACCCCCAACCGUAAAAGGCAACAAAACUCUUCCCCAUGCGUUUCCAGCGACAUUAAAAACCGGGGGAAAGCUGUCGAGUCGAUUUGGGCGCUUUUAA